GCAGCUUAUGUCCUUUGCAACAUGUUAUGUUCCAGCAUUAAAAUUAAAACUUUUGUUCAGAAAAAAGGAAUUCUCAAUGCCUAUCAAACUCGUGAAAAAAUUAAAUUGCAUCGGAAGAUCAUUGUGUCUUGCUGCGGGAAACUGAAAUGCAGUGAAAUCAGCAAGCAAACUAACUACAGCAGGUUCAGUUAUGUGUCCACUUCAGUAACCACAAAACAUGAUCUUCAAAAAAUAUCCAGCGUUUUCUUACCCGGAGAACCAAAAGUAUCUUCUGAUUUUGAAACAACUCUAAUCGAUCAAGUACGUUUGUCAUCUACCAAUGCUGAAAAUUCACAGUUUACUGCUGGAAUUGGAGGAAAUAGUGAUCAAACAACCGUUCAAUUGUUCUCAUCAUCCCAGUUACCGCAGAUCGUAACAAUUGGUCCUCCCUUAGAAACGGUCAAUUCACUACCAAGCGAUCAAUCUGCUCCUACAAACAUUGCAGACAGCACACUACCUCCUUCAGCAACGGUCAUGGUAGAUUCAAGCGGCUUGGUCACUACUUCUGCUUCACCAAACAUACAGUCAAAUGGACUUGCACUAGGAAUUGUUUCGAAUUCAGUGCUAACUUUGGGGAAAAUCAAUCCUGCUACCUCAGAUUUAACCACCUCAACUAUUACCAAAACUACCACCAUCACCCCCACCACAACAACAACCACGACAAAACCAAGACUAUGUCAGUCAUCUGCUUGUGGCUAUUACAAAAAUGGAACAAAGGCAUUGCAAUCUUCGACGGUGUCUCAGCAAGUGGGAAAAUACUCAAUCAUUACUAGCACAAUGUUUUACAUUAUUACUGAACUGACAACAUUAAAAGAAGCAGUUAUUAGCUGUCUGCAAAAAAACAUGGCCGUCAUAUCCGUCCCAACAAUAAAUGAUAUGGAAAUCUACGUGAAAUUGUGGAAAACAAAUAAAGGCAGCACCGUUAAUUAUUGGACUUCGGGGGCCAAUGAUGGAAGCUUUUGCGACGUUGAAAAUGUGUACACGUGGUGUGCACCAAACGUCACUGUGGCACCCGAUGAUGUCACUAUGUUAAAAUACUGGUCCAUCGCCAAGACGUUCAACGCGAUAACAGAUCGCUGCAUUGCGAUCCAAUUCAAUGCUACGUCGGCGAGCAUUUACUUCACACAAUGCGAAAAUAAAUUGGCCUACAUAUGCGGCCCAUCCUGCAAAACACCUUCAUGCCCUGCAACUUGCAAAGCCAAUGAUACGCUAUUUUUAGCAGACGGAUCAAUAAAGGAACCUGAGAAACAUGGUUACAUAGCUUCAAUUUGUGGAAACAAGUACUUGUUUGGAAACUCGAUUGGAACGUGGAGAGAAAAUUACGACAAAUGUUGCAGCCUGGGAAUGACUCCUAUCAUCAUCGAAACUGCUCAAGAGCAAUCUUGCUUGUCCAAUUUUACAAACAGCAACUGGACGUUAAACUUCAAUUACUGGACGGGAGGAACGCAGCAAGGGUGCAGGGGUCGAUGGGCGUGGUGCUCUAGCUCGGGACUUUUAGAUUUGAACGACAAUCUAACCUGGUCGUCAGGUCAACCGGACAACAAGGCGGGAAACGAAGAAUGUCUGCACAUGAGACUGAAUCAAAACUCCUCUGGUGUCGUCUUGUCUGAUCGGAACUGCACAGAUAAAUACGUUUUUGCUUGUAAAGGGCAGCCGAAGGUACCGGCUUGCCAGGUGGCAAAGUGUCCUAGUUACGAGUGUACAAAAAAUACAACGCUGUUUGAUGCUGAAGAUCAAUUGCGAAAUUACUCUGGUUACGGCAAUUGGUUUAGUUCCUGCGGGAGAACAUUCUUAUUCUCCAAUUUUAAAACUAAUUGGUCUGGCGCUUACAACGUGUGUUGCUCAAUCGGAAUGACGCUACUUGCGGUCGAGUACGGAGAUAAGCAUCGAUGCAUUUCUGAUUUCGUCAAAGACUCUUCUCUUGUCAACAUUGACUUUUGGACUUCUGGAAGCGACAAGGAUUGUGAUGGACGGUAUCGGUGGUGCUCAAUCGAAAGAGAUUUCAUCUCGAGAGAUGUGAAUUGGAAAUCAGGUGCGCCAGACAGCAUUGCCGGUGAUUGCGUGUCAGUCAACUUCUCCAAUACGACCGCUAAUCAGAGUACUUAUGCCACAAACAACUGUUCAAAAGAACUUUUAUUUAUUUGCGAGGUGCGAAAUACUGGGACCACUUCGGACGCUUUGCAGAAGGAGUGCAUGGAGAUUUGGAACGUCUCUUCAACUGAUAUGCUGGUGUUUCUGACCGCGUAUAAUGCAUCAAAAAUUCAGCUCAAUUUAAAAUGUUUCAUCAAGUGCAUUGGAGAAAACUUAAACAUGUUUUCUUUGGGAGGACUUUCACCCUCUGGGGACGUGUUACGUUUAAUCGAAGAUAUCAAUAAUGACGAAGUUGACUUACAACGUUCCUUCAAUGCUUACGACACGUGCAAUUCUAAAAGAUACAGUGACGAAUGCGUUACUGCAGCAAACAUCUACCAGUGCGGCAGAGAAAAUGACCCCAUGGUCACAAACGCUAUUUUUAGCAGCAAAUUGGGCAACAACACAAUCUACAAACCCCCCACACCGUGCAUUGGGACUCCUUUCCGGAAGUGUAGAAUGCUUGACCGUCCAUGCGUUGCUAACAGCACGCUUGUAAACCUUUUGCAGCAAAAUCCGAAGACAACAGAGGGAGCAAUUGUAACAGGUGAUAACGGUGGAAAGUAUUUCGUCAGCUCCUGCAAUCUCCCAAUCACUCACUAUCAGGCGUACGACUACUGCUGCAGUUACGGAAUGCGUCUGGCUGAAUUUGAAACAAAAGCACAAUUCGAUGAGAUUUGGCUACGUCUAAUUAAUUGGUGUACCGGCUAUGCUUACGUUGGUGAGACUUUCGCCAACGGUGACGGGACAGAUUCGUGGUGCCGCUCAAAAACAGUAAUCCCAACCGCCAUGUACUACUUACAGAAAUACACGCCCCCUGUUUGCGAAAAAACUAACUGCUAUGCACCCUAUUUCUUUUCCGGCCUUGGUGCAAGCCUAUACUACCUCGAAAAUGAUGCAGGAAAACACCAAAAUUGUGAACUGGAAUAUAUUGAUACCGGCUAUACAUACUUUAUUUGCGAAUAAAUAUUCAUACAGCACUUAAAUAUAUGUAAUGAGAGAAAUGAUUUGAUGGAUUGGUUAAUAUA